AUGCUGAAGCCGGUCAAUGGCUUUUCAAUCUUCGGCUGGAAACCCUGGAGCAAAACCCAAGUCCAAGAAAUAGGCAACCCCGUCGACUGGACCUUCGAUCUGUACAUGGCAGGGAAGGAGAGUCGGACGUGCGAAUCGAUAAUGGCGGGAGAUGAGAAGGCAGACUUCAGCCGAAAUGGGAAGGGCAAUGUGGAUGAAAUCAAGAUCAAGAAGGGUGGUGCCAAGUACCAAUUCGCGGCUCUCGGUCUCCCACCGGGCGCCUGGCGAUGCGAGAUACACACUUUCGACAAUGCAGGCCGUAAAGGACAUCCAUGGGACACGCUAGCAGACAUUCACGGGUGUGUUGAGAUUGAUGGAUACACGAUCAAGGGGGCCAAGGCCGUCAACUGUCUUGCUGCCGAGAGCAACGACGACGAUUGA